AUGACCAAGAUCCAAAGCAAGAUCUCGAUUCUUUCAUCGUCUCUGUGUCCAAAUGCUUUUACCAAAAUAAAGACUUGACCUUUUCUCUCCCACCAAGAUCGUAUCAGAAACCUCCUCUGUUUUCAUCAUGGAGAAGCCAAAGUUCAAGACUGUCCAAGAAGUCAUCGUCGGCGGCGAAGGCUUGCCGGAGAGGUAUCUACAUAAACCCACCGCAGACGGCGAACCUCUCAACGCAUCGGUGCCGGAGAUGGAUAUUCCGGCGAUCGAUCUCAGCCUCCUCUCUUCUUCCACCGAAGAGCUGAGUAAACUUCGCUCCUCUCUCUCCACCUGGGGCGUUGUUCAGGUGAUGAACCACGGAAUGACAGAAGAGUUCCUAGACAAAGUGCGAGGAGUUACCGAGCAGUUCUUUGCGCUACCGACGGAAGAGAAGCAGAAGUAUGCGAGAGAAACGGGCAGUAUCGAAGGAUACGGGAGCGACAUGAUAUUGUCCGAUGAUCAGGUUCUUGAUUGGAUCGAUCGGUUGUAUCUUACCACUCACCCCGAAGAUCAACGUCAGCUCAAAUUCUGGCCUGAAAUUCCAGUCGGGUUCAGGGAAACUUUGCACGGAUACACUAUGAAACAGCAAGAAUUCGUCGAGGAAUUCCUCAAGGCCAUGGCUAGAUCGUUGGAGUUGGACGAGAAUUGCUUUCUCGAGAUGUAUGGAGAAAAGGCGAUGUUGUUUACGAGAUUCAACUUGUAUCCCCCGUGCCCGAGACCCGACAACAUUCUUGGCCUCAAGCCGCAUGCCGAUGGCUCGGCAAUCACUCUUCUCCUACCGGACAAACAAGUUCAGAGCCUUCAGUUCCUCAAAGACGGGAAGUGGUAUAAAGCUCCAACCAUCCCCGACACCAUUCUUAUCAACGUUGGUGACCAAAUCGAGAUAAUGAGCAAUGGAAUAUACAAGAGCCCGGUGCAUAGAGUGGUGACGAACAUGGAGAAAGAACGGGUGAUAUCGGUGGCGACGUUUUGCGUCCCGGGGCCGGAUAAAGAGAUUCAACCCGCGGAAGGGCUCGUGACCGAGACAAGACCGAGGUUGUACAAGACAGUUAAGAAGUACGUCGAGACCUACUUCGAUUAUUAUCAGCAGGGACGAAGGCCUAUCGAAGCUGCAAUAAUCUGAUCGAAGUUUUGUUCAGUCCUGUUCGAGUUUCGCCGUCCAACAAUGCUUGUCGGGAGAUCGAGGUUGUACAUUUUCAGUCCUUUUCCCUGCCCCGAGCUUUUUUUUCCCGAGAAAAUCGUUUUUUUCCUUGUCGGAAUCGAUGAUUUGUUGAGUUACUUAACGAAUCAAUGACAGUAACUGUGAUAGAAGUUCA